AUGGGGAAAAACUGCGCCCUGUGCCGACGGAUAAUGCAACCCGCCAAGGGCGCCAAGGGAGUCAAACACUUGCGAAAAGGCGCAAAUCCUGGAAUGAUGAUGGUGCUGGUGUCGGGGCAACACGAAGUUUCGGGGACUGAAGAGGACCCAGCAGGCGGUGGCAAUUGUGGUGGUAAAUGUGGAGUUGUUAUCGUGAUGGAAAUGGCCAAGGUGCCAGGCGAGGGAAAGCAUGCUUCAGCCACGCCGGGCGCAGUGAUGCAGGACCCUGGUGGGGUGGAUAAGCAGGCGAUGGUCCGUGUUAAGACCAGUUGUCAAAUCCCUUCACUCCACGAACUCCGAGAACCUCCUGGAUGUCGAUCCCCAGUCGUCUACACACUUCUAGCACCUCGUAUCUCAAUAGACCCACUUCGGACUCAAGCUGAAAUACCGUGUGGGGAUGGCCAAAGCCUAAAGUUAGAAUCGGAGUUUUUUAAUUCGUUGGAGCAAUACAAAUGGAACUUGCUUAUCGGCACACGGGGCAUUAAUCCACCCGUGGCCUCCGACGGCCCUUUCUCUCAACCAUUGUCGAACUACAUGCGGCUGGUGAGAGAAUCGACUCCAAGGGCAUUUUCUCAGCCGAGUAUAAGCCUGGCCUAA